AUGGAAUCGUUGGAUACAAACUCCGCCAAAUAUAUUCUCCAAGUACCUCAACUUCCGCCACUUCCUGCUCACGUUGGCCAACAACUCAAAAACAAACAAAUGUUGGAGAGCAUUUUUCAAUGCAACAGGGAAACUCAACAACAGCCGGAAAACAGAAUCGUUCCAACUAAGCGGUUAGAUUCGAAGAAGCUUCCGACUGUUUCGAAAUUCGAUAAUUCUAUCAAACAAAAUAUAUUGUACGGAACUUGCCCAACAACCCUGAUAUUGUUCAAGGCUUCACAGGAAAUUGCACAAAUGAAGGAUUGA